AUGGUUCAGCCUGCAUAUAUGAUCAAAAUGAAGGAGCUCCUAGGUGGCUUCCUGAAAGACUUGUUAGACAAGUCAAUGGAAUCUCACCCUCAAGGGGAUAUUGCCCUGCUCUUCCAAAAAACAGUGUUGAUACACUUCCCUAAAGCACCAAGAGUUACUAAUGCAUUCCAUGCCCAAGAACGUAAGUUCCUGAGGCCUUUUUUCUUCUUUUGUCUUUCAGGAAAACAACUCAACAAUUUGAAGAUGGCUCCAAAGAAGUCCAGCCAUGUGAUGCUUCCUUGUCUUCUCUACCUGCCCCUAUUAUUGGCCAUUCCCACCCGUGCAGCUCUUGUUUAUCAGUGGGAAUUCCAGGUUAGAGAGACACAAACUAAGGACUCACACACCACAGUCCAAAACAUUGGCACGGCACGCUGUCCUCCUAAAGGUUGCCAGGAGACUGUUGUUAUUAAUAUUUCUCCCAAAACUAUAUCUAGCACCUAUCGGCCUUAUGCCUGCUUUCCCUUUGAUAAUAAAGACAGGAGCAGAUGCCUUACUGAUGUUUCCACUUAUGGAGGCUGCCGCUAUUGGUCCUGCAUUAUUCAUGAUGCCCACUCACCAAAAACCCGCACCGGAAAGCCCAGUAUUCUCAGAUUACAAGGGUCCGAGUUUACUAUUCAGAUUUCUGAUCCUUUGAAUACCCGCUGGCAAGAGGGAGUUAUAGGUAAAUUAUAUAAUGAUGGAUAUUCCAGAUAUCCUACUGGAACUAUACAUAUCUCCCAACAAUUGGCAUUGGCUGAGCACAGAGAACAAGUAAAUCAAGUCAUUAUAGAAACAGAAAAUAAGCUCCAUUCGGUUUUCCAAACAAAUUCAGCCAUGGAAGUCACUAAAAAAUGGGCAAUUAAUCUUUUAAAUUAUUCUCAGAUUGUUCUCAACAUUUCCCGUUGCUUGCUGUGUGCAUCCCUUUCACUGCCCAUUCUUGCAACAGCACCUUUAAACAACACACCUCCAGCUUCCCUGGAGGCCACCACAAAAAAAAACCCUAUGGGGCCCCAUCCCUCCGCCCCCUCAGUCCCACUUUUUCUAGAACACAUAGGCAGUUCAUUUAUACUGGUGUGCCUUUAUACCAGCAACUCCAGCUCUGUUAAUUUCACUUGCACCUGUAAUGUCUCUGUAAGUGCUGUCCAUACAGCCCCCCCAUUAGCUUACUUCUGGUGCUGUGGGACACUUCUGACUAGCAUAAAUACCACUACCCCUGGACCCUGCCUCAUAGUAGCUAUAGUCCCCCAACUCACUUUAUAUGAACCUGAUAAGUUUGCAUGGCUCUUACACUCCACUCGUAAAAGAGCUGUUUUUCUCCCAUUGAUAAUUGGCAUAGGCCUAGCUACCUCUACCGGCAUAGCUGGUGGGGCACUAGGACAUUCCAUUUACUUCUCCCAUGAUUUUUCUAACAAAUUACAGCAAGUCAUAGAGUCCACCACAAAUAGUCUAGAGUCAUUACAGAGACAGAUCACGUCACUGGCAAAAGUUACUUUACAGAACAGGCAAGCUCUUGACCUUUUGACGGCAGAAAAGGGAGGAACCUGCCUAGCUUUAUAA